CUCAGAGUCUCCGAUCUCACAGAAAGCUUGAGGAAAUCACCCUGAUCUGCAGAUGGAUCUCAUAGUGUUGGGGAUUUUACUGACUCUCAGCAUCAGCUGCGCUCAAGGCGUCACUCCAAGAUGUUGUGUUGAAACUUCAAAAAGGUUUCCACUGGAAACGCUGAAAAAAGUCAAUCGAUAUGAGGUGCAGACGAGCAGCGGAGCGUGCGCUAUUGAUGCUCUUAUAUUGCAUGUGGGUGACGUGAGAUACUGCGCAACACCCAAGAUGGAGCAGUUUCUGCAGAAGCUGAUGAAGCGAAUGAGUCGUAUGAAAGCCUCUGCUGUGUGAAUGAGCUCAGGUGAUGUCACGAGGAACAAACACUUCACUAUAGAGAUGUUCAAGGAUACACUUACUCUGUUCUUCUGAUCGCACGUGUUGAUCUACAUCCUUACAUUCAUUCAUUUUAAUGAACACUGUUUGUGCAGCAGUUUCAAGUAUGUUUUUUAUAUAUACACUACCUGACAAAAGUCUUAUCGCCUAUACAAGUUUUAGGAACAACAAAUAAUAUCUCGACUUCUAGUUGAUCAUUUG